UUAACACGUUGACGGAGCUUCAUCUCCUCUAGGUAAGUUUGUUUUCAUGGAUUAGUAUCUGAUCAUCGUUUAACUUCCUGCCGAUCACCUCAAUUGACGUUAUCAAGGGAUCUCCACGAGCUGCUGGUUUUGGCAAGGACAAAUCCGUUGAUUCUUUCCCCCGUUAGAAUACUGGCAUUUUUAUAAUUGUGAUCUCGACGAUUAAGGUUAGGUUUAGGGAUUGAGGGAUGGAGAAUUCAGUCAGCAAUUCCGACCCGUACAGGAAUUCUUCGGGCAGCAGUAGUAAUUCGAGACGAUACGGAAUGCAUUUCUCUGCUGCAAAUUUCAUCCAGGCGCCUCUGUCUGCUCUGUUGGAAUACUCUGGUAUUCUUCGUACCCGGUCAAAUCAUCAGGAAACGGAGGGUUUAAUCAAUGGAGGAAUUAAUUCUGGUUUCCGAGACAAUAUUCAGAAUCGACUGGAUGAUCCUGCAGCAGGCAGCAGCGGCGGGGAGGUUUCCAUUAGGAUAAUCGGUGCCGGAGAACAAGAGCAUGUCCGGUUGGGAACAAACCUCCCAAGUUCAUCAGCAGUUGGGAGAGAGGCAAAUUCUGGUGAUACAGGUAUAUCCGCUGACCAGAUGGCCGCACCAGCAGCAGCAAGUGCAUCAGAUCGUCAGGGGGACGCUGCCGAUGAUAGCGGUAAUGCAGAAGGGCUUUCUUCGUCAUCUUCGGCUUCCAUCUCCGGCAUCAAUUUGGGUAAUGGCAGCACGGAUGGUGAGGCUGGUAAUGUUGUGGGCGGUAAUACCAGGGAUACUUCUUACCAGAGAUACGAUAUUCAGCAGGUUGCAAGGUGGAUUGAGCAGAUUCUUCCCUUCUCUUUGCUACUGUUGGUUGUAUUUAUCCGGCAGCAUUUGCAAGGUUUCUUUGUCACAAUCUGGAUUGCUGCAGUAAUGUUCAAGUCCAAUGAUAUUCUAAGAAAGCAGACAGCUCUAAAGGGAGAGCGAAAAAUUUCUCUCCUUAUUGGCAUCAUGAUUGUGUUCAUGUUCCACGUGGUUGGUGUUUACUGGUGGUAUCGAAAUGAAGAUCUUCUAUACCCAUUGAUUAUGCUUCCUCCAAAAGCAAUACCACCUUUCUGGCAUGCUAUAUUCAUGAUAAUGGUGAACGACACUAUGGUGCGGCAGGCAGCUAUGGUUUUCAAGUGUAUUCUACUGAUGUAUUACAAAAACAGUAGAGGCCGUAAUUAUCGUAAGCAGGGUCAAAUGCUAACUCUAGUUGAGUACCUGCUGCUACUGUAUCGUGCUUUAUUACCAACACCUGUCUGGUACCGUUUUUUCUUGAACAAGGAGUAUGGCAGCCUUUUCUCAUCAUUAACUACAGGGUUGUACCUAACAUUUAAGCUUACGUCAGUUGUUGAGAAGGUACAAUCAUUCUUUGCUGCUUUAAAGGCAUUAUCUCGAAAAGAGGUCCACUACGGUUCUUAUGCUACAUCUGAACAGGUCAAUGCAGCUGGUGAUCUGUGUGCUAUUUGCCAGGAGAAGAUGCAUGCUCCAAUCUUACUUCGCUGUAAACAUAUAUUUUGUGAAGACUGUGUAUCAGAGUGGUUUGAGAGAGAACGGACAUGCCCAUUGUGUAGGGCACUGGUUAAACCUGCAGAUCUCAGAUCGUUUGGCGAUGGGUCAACUAGCCUGUUCUUUCAGUUGUUCUAAAAUAUGCCUUUGUUCUGUUAGCCUGUCAAAUUUCCUCCUUGCUCAAUUGUCUCAUAUAGCGCAGGUACUGAAUGGAAUUUUUUCUGCUGCCAUUCUCUUGGGCUGCUGCCAUCAGAUGUCUACUCUGUUUGAAAGGUAUUGCUGAAGUUGAAUGAGCAACUUCAACUUGUUUCAUGUUUCAUAUGUUGUAAUCAUGAACUAUGGGGGUUUAUAUAACAUGGACCCCAAACUAAAGAUGAAAGGGUCUUCAUGAGCGUAUAUCAUAUACAUGUUAUUAGAUGCUAAUGAAAAUCAUCUUCAAUGUA